AGGAGGGAAGAGGAAGACAGGCGGGAUCCGAGAGCCUAGGACUGGGAGGGAAGGUAGACUAGGAAGGAGAGAGAGAGCCAGAGUCUGACAGGUCGGGAGGGUGUUAGAGCCCCAGCCGGCCCCCCAGUUCCAGAGGAGGAGGCUGGAGGGAGAGGCUGCUGAGCUAGGCCGAGGGAGGAGGCGUUAGCUGGGAAGCCAGAGUGGCCUCAUCUGAGAAGUCGCCAGGCCACUCCAGGGAAGCCCAGUGCCAGCUCACUGUCUGGCACUCCAGCAGGCCGCCUGGCUCCUGGAAAGGGCUUGCCAUGAAGGGGGACGAGCUCAAGGAGCGAGACCCCCAUCUUCCCCAGCCCAUCCCAGGGCUUGGGAAGGGGGGCAAGCAUGAAGGGCCACGGCCCGGCCCUGAACCCGCGGCGCCCGCGCAGCCCGUGGAGGAGGACGAGGCCCUGAUCGAGUUCCACCGCUCCUACCGCGAGCUGUUCCGGGUCUUCUGCAACACCACCACCAUCCAUGGCGCCAUCCGCCUGGUGUGCUCCAAGCAUAACCGCAUGAAGACCGCCUUCUGGGCCGCGCUGUGGCUCUGUGCCUUCGGCAUGAUGUACUGGCAGUUCGCCCUGCUCUUUGAAGAGUACCUGAGCUACCCGGUCAGCCUCAACAUCAACCUCAACUCCGACAAGCUGGUCUUCCCCGCCGUCACCGUCUGCACACUCAACCCUUACAGGUACCGGGAGAUCAAAGAGGACCUGGAGGAGCUGGACCGCAUCACCGAGCAGACGCUCUUCGACCUGUACAAGUACAACGCCUCCGGCGCCGGCCCGGGCCGCGGACGCCGCCCCCGCGACCUCGGGGACCCCUGGCCGCACCCGCUGCAGCGCCUGCCCCCGCCCCCGUCCCCGGCGCGCAGGGCCCGCAGCUCGGCGUCCAGCGUGCGCGACAACAACCCGCAAAUGGACAGGAAAGACUGGAAGAUCGGCUUCCAGCUGUGCGACCAGAACAAAUCGGACUGCUUCUACCAGACGUACUCGUCCGGGGUGGACGCCGUGCGGGAGUGGUACCGCUUCCACUACAUCAACAUCCUGUCCAGGCUGCCCGACGCCGUGCCGGCCCUGCAGGAGGAAGCGCCCGGCAAGUUCAUCUUCACCUGCCGCUUCAACCAGGCACCCUGCACCCACGCAAACUACUCGCAUUUCCACCACCCCAUGUAUGGGAAUUGCUACACCUUCAACAACAAGAACGACUCCCACCUCUGGAUGUCUUCCAUGCCCGGGAUCAACAAUGGUCUGUCCCUGACCCUGCGCACGGAGCAGAACGACUUCAUCCCCCUGCUGUCCACAGUGACUGGGGCCAGGGUCAUGGUGCACGGACAGGACGAGCCUGCCUUCAUGGACGACGGUGGCUUCAACGUGCGGCCUGGCGUGGAGACCUCAAUCAGCAUGAGGAAGGAAGCCCUGAACAGCCUGGGUGGCAAUUACGGUGACUGCACUGAGAACGGCAGCGACGUCCCGGUCAAGAACCUUUACCCCUCCAAGUACACGCAGCAGGUGUGCAUCCACUCCUGCUUUCAGGAGAGCAUGAUCAAGAAGUGCGGCUGCGCUUACAUCUUCUACCCGCGGCCCAAGGGAGUGGAGUUCUGUGACUAUAGGAAACACAGCUCCUGGGGCUACUGCUACUAUAAACUGCAGGUCGCUUUCUCCGUGGAUAGCCUGGGCUGCUUUUCCAAGUGCCGCAAACCAUGCAGCGUGACCAGCUACAAGCUCUCGGCUGGUUACUCCCGAUGGCCUUCGGUCAAGUCCCAGGAUUGGAUCUUCUCCAUGCUGUCCUUGCAAAACAAUUAUACCAUCAAGAACAAAAGAAAUGGAGUUGCCAAACUCAACAUCUUUUUCAAGGAGCUGAACUACAAAACUAAUUCCGAGUCUCCCUCCGUCACGAUGGUCACCCUCCUGUCCAACCUGGGCAGCCAGUGGAGCCUGUGGUUUGGCUCAUCCGUGCUGUCUGUGGUGGAGAUGGCCGAGCUCAUUUUCGACCUCCUGGUCAUCACGCUCCUCCUGCUUCUGCGGAGGUUCCAAAGCCGAUACUGGUCUCCAGGGCGAGGGGCCAGGGGCGCGCGGGAGGUGGCCUCCUCUCCAGCCUCCUCCCUCCCCUCCCGCUUCCGUCCCCACCCUACGUCGCCACCCCCUUGCUUGCCCCCCCAGCCAGAUCCAACUCUCUCCCUGGUCCCAUCGGCCCCUCCACCGGCCUACGCCUCCCUGCGCCCCUGGGCGUCUCCUUUGGGCUCCGUGGGGCCCAGCUCUUCUGCCCAGAGCUUGACAGAGCCCUGAGAGGGAAGAGAGGACAGUCCCCAGCCAGGACAGGUACUCCCCUGCUGGACCGAAGGAUGUCUCAUCUUGGGCUUCUCAGAGCCACCCAGCUGCUGUUGGUGGAGGGGAGGGAGGCACGCUGGGCAGGGGCCCAGGAAGUUGCCCCGGAGAACAGUAGCUAAUGAGCUGCCUUGCUUCUCAACGCUGCUUUCCACACAAGUGCAGACAGGCCUUCUUCCCCCUUGGAGCAGCCAAGCCAAACUUGGAGCCGACAAGGAACUUUCCUGGGAAUAAACCAGGCAAAGAGGCAGACGCAGGUUGCCAGUGCCAUGACCAGAGACUGACCUGUCCACCCUUGCCUUCUGUGACGCAGACGUCUGCUCCUCUUCUUGAACUUGGGUGGGAAACCCCACCCCAAAAGCCCCCUUUGUUAGUUUCUUGGGCAAUUCCCCUUCCCUGACUCCUCAGGGUGGCUGGAGCAGACCAGGGUGAAGGAGGUCUGGCCAUCCCGAGGACUUCUUGUGUCACACCAUGCCUUCAGAGUCGUGGCCCAGACCUCCGCUUCACCUCUCUAUGUCUGUUCACUGACUUCCUCCCCUUGGGAGCCGCCUCCGCCCUCUCCCGCAGAUCUCCUGGGUGUCUAGUGCUCAGUGACACACCGCCAUUUCUGCCAAGGCUUCUGUCCCCUCCUGCCUUCCCCAGGGUCCGGCAGCACCCUGGGACAUCUGCUGGUGGUCGCUGUGCUAUUUCAUGCUCAUGUCUGCCUCGCUGACUAGACUGUGAGCCCCCAGUGGUGAGGGUCUGAUGGAUAUCCCACGCCCGGCCUUGUUCCGCUUGGGGCACGUAGGCAGGUGUUCAAUAAAUGCUUGUUGCAUAAAA